AUGUCCACCACGCCACCGAGAACCAUCUACAAUGUCGACCCUCCUCCCGUCGACCUCAUCCGAUCUAUCGUCACCUCCCCCUCCCCCCCUCCCACACCCGCCAAGCCAUCCUACGGCAUCGACUCCCCCCUCGGCCUUCUCCUCUCCUGCUUCGCCGCUCCCCUGUACCUCUACGCCACCCUCCGCGGCAAGUCCCUCGCCUGGGACGCCAUCUACGCCUCCUUGCCCCCGUCCUCCUCCCCGGCCCUCGACGUCGGCUGCGGCCGCGGCCUCGUCCUCUUCAAGCUCGCCGCCGCCCGCGGCACGCGCGCCUACGGCAUCGACCUAUUCCGCACCGGCGACCAGACCGGUAACGGCCCCGCGGCCACGUACCGCAACGCCGCCGCGCUCGGGCUCCUCGACCGUGUCGUGCUGCACGAGGCGAGCUUCACCGAGUCGUUCCCAUUCGCGGACGGCGCGUUCGGUGUGGUCGCGUCCAGUUUAGCGUUGCACAACGCCGACCGCGCGGGGCGAAGAACGGCGGUGGCGGAGAUGGCGAGGGUAUGCGGGCCAGGCGGCAGGAUCGUGCUGGUCGACUUGUGCGGAUACUUUGGCGAUCACAGGGCGGUGCUGGAAGGGUUGGGGUGGACGGACGUGGUCGUCUCGUUUGUCGGUUGGAGGAUGGUCUUUGGCAUCUGGCCGUGUCAGCUCCUCGUAGCAACCAAGCCCCAAAGAGCGGAAAGCCAAGAGGCUGCGUAA